AUGAUCUUAUCAAAACAACGUCACCUCUGCCGCAUAGCCAUCAUGGAGAAACUACCGAGCCACUCCAAGGAGGUAUUUGGCGAGUCAGUCGGAUUUGACCAAGACCAGCAACGAACGCGACCUACCACAGCCACAUUUAUACGCCGCCUGUGCAUCGCUGUGGUGUUCCUCAUCGGCUACUACCUACUUCUUUUAAAGCCCUCUCCCGCGUGUGACACACAUCACAACGCGCGCCCCCAAAAAGACAGUCUUGAUGGGACUUCUGGCUACAUUGAAAACGGUAACCAUGGGGCGAAUCUAGCAUCUCUUACCCCAGACGGACAGAAGUCACUGGGGCAGAUCAAGAUCCCGCUGGAAGCUCACAUAAUGAGCAAAUGUCCAGAUGCGAAAGCCUGCUUACAAGACCUGGUUCUUCCUGCAAUGGAGAAGGUUAAUGACAAAGUUGACUUCAGGCUUUCGUUCAUUGCUAGUGUUUCACCGAACACAGAAGAGAUAGAAUGCAAGCAUGGUCCUGGGGAAUGCAUUGGUGAUAUGCUCCUGCUCUGCGCAGCCAAUCUUCCAUUCCCUGCGGCUAUGGACGACACAACACUCCCGCCUCAAUACCCUCGGACCCCUAUUGUCCGCUCACUAGGAUUUGCAAAUUGCUUAAUCAACGACUUCGCCCAGAUACCAGAACGCGAAUUUGUACACCAGUGUGCCAUGGAAUUUGGUAUCGACUUUGAUGCCCUCAACAAAUGCGCAAGCCAGCAGAAUGACGACCCAGACGACGGUGGAGAUGAUAGCCCACCUCUCAGCGGUAUUGCCCUCCUGCGUGAGAGCGCCACCCGCGGCGAAAAGCUUGGUGUCAAGACCAGCUGUACUGUCCGCCUGGAUGACACUGUUUGGUGCGUCCGUGACAACGAUGAAUGGAAAGAUUGCGGCCAGAAUAGUCAGGGCGCCCAACCUUCAACCCUUGUUGAUCAGGUAGAGAAGCUUUACAAGGAGAGGAACUAA